CGCCACCAUCCACCUCCUCAGUUUCAAGCAUCGUCGGUGGUGAACGGUGGAUCACUGGGUGGAAGAACGACACUGUUAUUUAAUGGCCCAUAAAUUGAGGGACGAAAUAGUUUGCUGAAAAACUGGGGUCCUUAGCGAGGAAUUAUAGUCCUUCGCUGGAAGAGAGAAGGACGCGUUGUUGGUCGAGCAUCAUCCACAGCGAACCAUCAUUUUAUAAGGAGGAGACCAUCCAAACCGUUACAUGGAUUUUUAAGGGCAGUCUGGAAUACCACGACUGGUUGUGCUUUGGGGGGGACCAUUUUUGACGUUUGAUUCGUGAGGUUUGACGCCACGGAGAGAAGAUGUCGGGGCAGACGCUGACGGACCGCAUUGCCGCGGCGCAAUACAGCUUAACGGGAUCGGAGGUUGCUCGAGCUGUUUGCAAAGCCACCACUCAUGAGCAGACAGCACCCAAGAAAAAACACCUGGAAUACCUGAUUGAGGCCACCAAGGAGUCUAAUGUGAACAUCCCACAGAUGGCGGACACGUUGUUUGAGAGGGCCACCAAUGCCAGCUGGGUGGUGGUGUUCAAGGCCCUGAUCACUACGCAUCACAUGAUGGUCGCUGGCAAUGAGAGGUUCCUCCAGUUCCUUGCCUCCAGGAACACCCUCUUCAACCUGAGUAACUUUCUGGACAAAACUGGCUCCCAUGGCUACGACAUGUCCACGUUUAUCAGACGCUACAGCCGGUACCUCAACGAGAAGGCGUUCGCCUACAGACAGAUGUCCUUCGACUUUGGCAGAGUGAAGAAGGGAGCUGAGGGGGUGAUGAGGACGAUGCCCGUAGAGAAGCUGUUGAAAGGAAUGCCUACUCUGCAGAGCCAGAUAGACGCCCUGCUGGAGUUUGAUGUCCAUCCCAAUGAACUGACCAAUGGGGUGAUCAACGCGUGCUUCCUCCUGAUGUUCAAAGACCUGAUCAAGUUAUAUGCCUGCUACAAUGACGGGAUCAUAAAUGUAUUAGAGAAAUUUUUCCAGAUGAAGAGAGGACAGUGCAAAGACGGGCUGGAGAUCUACAAGAGAUUCUUGACACGGAUGACCAGGGUUUCUGAGGUCUUCAAAAUUGCUGAGACCAUAGGAAUUGACAAAAAUGAUAUCCCGGAGCUCACUCAGGCCCCUGAGAGUCUCCUGCAGUCCCUGGAGACUCACCUAAACACUCUGGAGGGGAAGAAGCCAGAGGAUGUUCACAGAGACGAUGUGUCACCAACCAAGGAGUGUGAAGCAAAUGGCUCCCCGGCCGCAGCCGCCACGCCUACAAAAGCUCAAGCGGCCCCUGCAGCUGCUGCUACUCCAGUUGCUCCUGCCCGCCCUGGACCACCUGCCAGACCCACGGCGGCACCCACCUUCAAGGGCUCCAACAAUGCUCUGCUAGACUUGGAUCCACUGUCAGCCUCCCCAUCAACAGGUGGAGCAGCAGCCUCUAUCUCGUCAUGGGGAGAUCUGCUUGGUGGCGGUUUAGAUACCCCCCCUGAUCCCACUAGCACCUCUGAGCCAGCCGCUGUUGCUGCUGCUGAUGCUGCAGUCGGUCCAGCUUCCACGCCCACUGUGGCCCAUACGGAUGGCCCCACCGCGCCCUCUGUGGCCCCCGUGGUGGUGCUGCCCGUGCCCGCCACUACCGCCUCAGACAUGGAUCUGUUCGGAGACGCGUUUGCACCCUCCCCAGGUGACGGUCCGCCCAGCAGGGCGCCUGCUGCUGAUGCAUGUGCCGGAUCUGACCCCUUCGCUCCAUCGGAGGGGAGUGCGAACUUGGCUCCAGAGAUGGACCUCUUUGCUAUGAAGUUCGAUAACACGCUGGCUGCCCCAGAAGCAGCCAGCCCCACCUCUAGCGCAGUGCCGAUCAUUGUCGCCCCCAUCGAGCCCCCUGCUGCCGCCCCCGCUCCCUCCACUACCACCACUGAGUCUGCAGCCGCCCCCGCCCCUGCCGUCCCCACUCUCGACCUCUUUGGUGAUUCUAUGUUUGAUUCUAUUCCUGAGAAAAGCCCUACCGCAGAAAAAGCUGAUGCUGCUGUUACUCCUAGCGUAGACCUAUUUGGGGCAGAUCUCCCUACUAUCUCUCGCGGGCCCUCUCCUUUGCCUCCCGAGGCCAAUGCUGAUGAAGACCUCUUGUCUGGUGUGACUGAUGCAUUCUCUGCUAUGGCUCCAGCACCAGCAGUGGCUCCAACUCCAGCUCAAGCCCCGGCACCAGCUCCAGCUCCUGCCCCUGCAACGGUCUCUCCUCCCAAACCUGAGCCCUCUGCACCUGCACCUGUCAUUGAUCUGCUGGACACAUUCAGUUGUCCUGCUCUGUUGGACGCUACGCCCGCUGCCCCCGGGGGACCAGGAGAGGAUCUGUUGGGUGGACUGAUGUCUCCUAGCCUGGCUCCCACGGCAGCCCCUGCUCCUUUGGCCCCCGCUUUGGCCCCGGCCCUCGCCCCUACCCUGGCUCCUGUCUCAGCCCAGAAUGACUUGCUGGAGUGUGGCUUCGACACCCUCGGCUCCCUACCCCCACUAAUGCCCGCCACACCAGCAGCUGCAGACACAGUGCCGGCCGCAGCAGCACCCUCUGGUGGCUUUGAUGCAUCAGUGUUUGGCGGAUUAGGGGACAUACUGAUGCCAGCCAUAACACCCCAGUCCACUGGGGGUAGUGUGGGCAGCACUGGCAGUGGUGGGGUCAGUACCAGGUUUACACCCGCGGUCGGGGUUGGCAUGACAGGCGCCACAGCUAUUAAACGGCCAUCCAUCGGGGGGGACUUGGACUCCUCCCUGGCAAACCUGGUUGGAGAUCUGGGGAUUCAGAAAAAGGACCACCAGUGGAAUGAGAAGAAGCUGACAGGAGGAUCUAACUGGACCCCCCAGGUAGCCCCUCCCAGCUGGGGCGCUCCUGGACCUAUGAUGGGUGGCCCCGCCCCUGGAGCCCCUGGUGCCCCUGGAGCCAUCCCUCCGCCCAUGGGAGCACAUCCUGGCUUUAGCAUGGCCUCAGCAGCUGGAUCUGGAGUUCCCAUGAUGCCUCCCAUGAUGAUGGGACAGCCAAUGAUGGGUCAACCCAUGAGACCACCCCUCCCAGGAGCUGCAGCACCAGGGGCACUGCUGUCUUCAGGACCUGCUGCCAACCAGAGCAAAAAACCCAAGGACCCACUGGCAGACCUCAACCUCAAGGACUUAAUGUAAUCCCCCAGCCCAGCUCUUGUUUUUCUGGAGCUGGGCCCUCUGGCCGCUUGUCUUAUUUCGGCGUUCUCUACAACCUGGGACACCAGAGACCCUCCUCAGCUACUCACCCAUAGGAGACCCCCUUCCUCCACCCCACCCCACCCCAUCCCAGCCCCCUGUGUAAUGUUGUAGCACAAACUGUGAAAGUGACACCUUAGUGAGGAAAAAACAAGUGUGUGCUUAACUAGAUGUAACCUUUUGUCUAAACAAAACCACACAAAACAUAUAAAAUAAAAAAUAAAUAAAAAUGUUUAUCAAAGCAAGCCAGAAACCCGAGCGGAAGCUGAAGGCGUAUGUGCUGUUUGUAUUUAGAUCCUUUUUUCCAGUAGUGUUGGCGUGUUGAGUUGAAUGAUGGAUGCGUGUUUGUUCGAUGCCCUCAACUCCACCUUCGGCCCUGCACUGGCCUUCUGAUCACUCAAGAGGGGAGGGGGUUCC